UUCGUGUUGUUGUGUGUUGUGUGUUGCGUGUUGUGUAGCUGUCAGCUUGGACCAAAGAGGCGGAGGCAGAGGGGGAGGAAAGGGAAGAGGGAGACGGGAAUCCGGAGCUUCAGGUCGGGUUGAUUCCCGCUGCGAUGCCUGGACGCUGCUGCUCGGAAACGCUCCCCGGGUCCCCGGAGCGGAGGAGGCGGGUUCAGCCGGCGGACGGGCCGCAGCACCGGCGGGGAUCUGGCUGCUGAUCCGCGGCUCGGCGUCCACGGAACGAAGGGGUCCGGGAUCAGGGAUCCGGGAUCUGCAUCACGGCUCGCAGGGCUGGAGGACAUCUAUGCAAUUUAAUUCCGACACUUGAGUUGAUGAUGAGCACCGAGGAGGGAGAGGCGAGGGGGGGCGCCGCCAUCACCCACCGCCACACCUGGGAGGAAGAACCGAGCGCCCCCCGAGGACGUCCGCAUCCCGGGGACGAGGACCAGGCGCAGCCGGCAGAGGAGCGAGAGGAGCGGGACGAAGGGGAGGACCGUCGGGAGGACUGUCAGGAGGACCGGGGCUGCGGGGACACGUUUGCGGGCGACCCGCAGGAAUCCAACCGGGGGGACUUCUCCAGCGAGGAUGGGGCGGUGGGGGGAGCAGCGUGCCAGACGCAGGCGAUGCACUCGAGCUGCAGCAGUGACACGUGCAUCCCGACCCCCAGCUGCCGCAUCUGCUUCCAAGGAGCCGAGCAGGGCGACUUGUUGAACCCGUGCCGGUGUGACGGCUCGGUCCGGUACACCCACCAGCACUGCCUGCUGAAGUGGAUCAGCGAGCGGGGGUGCUGGACCUGCGAGCUCUGCUGCUACCGCUUCCACGUCAUCGCCAUCAACAUGAAGAGGCCGUGGCAGUGGCAGUCCAUCACCAUCACCCUGGUGGAGAAGGUGCAGAUCAUUGCCGUGUUCCUGGGUUCCCUCUUCCUGGUGGCCAGCAUCUCCUGGCUGCUGUGGUCGGCUCUCAGCCCGGCGGCCGUGUGGCAGCGCCGGGACGUCCUCUUCCAGAUCUGCUACGGCAUGUACGGCUUCAUGGACCUGGUCUGCAUAGGCCUGAUUGUCCAUGAGGGGGCAGCAGUGUACAGCGUCUUCAUGCGCUGGCGAGCCGUGAACCUCCACUGGGACGUCCAGAGUUACGAUAAGGCGAAGGACUUGGAGGAGAUGAGCACGGGUCAUUCCUCAUUGGCCCCCAGGACGCUCUGGUUGCCCCUGGCCACCUUUGGGCCCGAUGGCCCCUUACACUCCACCCAGCUGGGGCCCCAGCCGUGGACCUGCCUCUGUUGGGCCCCAUUCUGCCCCGGCCUCGGGCCCCGGAACAACCUCAGCCAGGACGGUGACUCCGGAGAGGUCGUCAUCCGUGUCACAUCGGUGUAACGCCAGGUGAACAGACACCUGAUGGUUCCACUGGGUCGUGACAACUGGAGCUUUGCUGGGAUGUGUUUUCCACUUUCUUUGUGUUACCACAUGAAGUAUUAAAACAGUUUGCUCUGGGGCCGGUCCUCAAAACCAUCUCAACAGUUAAAUGAACCCACAUGUGGUUUAAUCCUUGUUAAAAAUAACACUCGUGGUUAUUGCAUGAAGCUGCACAUAGGAGGGACGCUGGUGAGGGGGAUGAGGACCUGUCAAUCACAUCUGAUGACGGUGCAUCCACGUGAGAGUUAUGAAUACUGUGCACGUAGCACUACAUCCCCUUAAAUCAACCUUUAGGUAUUUGGAAUUGGGUUGAUUCAUAGCAUCCAGUGCUCAUUCACAUGUCGUUGGGAUGAACAGAGCAUUAAAGCUGAUGUGGGCUCAGAAAAACAUCUUUAAAUAUCUUUGAA